GGCGCGCCCGCCCCGGCGGCCGCCAGACGUGCCGGGAGUCACAGGGUAGCGCACGUCGCCGCCGUCCACCCACUCGCCCGCAUUUAACCCGGGCCGCCGCCUCCCGGAGCUCCUCAGCCGGCGCGGACACGGCAUGAGCAGCCCGGCCUGAGCUCUGCCUGCCGCAGCUCUUUCCUUAGGCCCCCCCUUCCCCACCCCUCCCCUUCCCCGGCUCGGCUCCGCACCGCGCAGGAUGGAGCGCAUCCCCAGCGCGCAGCCCCCGCCCGCCUGCCUGGGCAAGCUGCCCGCCCUGGAGAGCGGCGACGUGCCGGGGCUGGACUUCGCGCACAUGUACCAAGUGUACAAGCCCAGGAGGGGGCUGAAGCGCAGCGAGGACACCAAGGAGACCUACAAGCUGCCCCACAGGCUCAUCGAGAAGAAGCGGCGAGACCGCAUCAACGAGUGCAUCGCCCAGCUCAAGGACCUGCUGCCCGAGCACCUCAAGCUCACGACCCUGGGUCACCUGGAGAAGGCUGUGGUUCUCGAGCUUACCUUGAAGCAUGUGAAAGCGCUAACCAACCUCAUUGAGCAGCAGCAGCAGAAAAUAAUUGCUUUACAGAACGGUUUACAAGCGGGUGACCUGUCAUCAAGAAACCUUGAUUCCAGCCAGGAAAUGUUUCGAUCUGGUUUCCAGAUGUGUGCCAAGGAAAUGCUGCAAUACCUGGCAAAGCACGAGAACGGCAAGGAGCUGAAGUCGUCCCAGCUGGUCAGCCAUCUGCACCGCAUGGCCUCCGAGGUGCUCCAGGGCGGAGCCGGCCGAAAGGCCGGAGACAUCCCUCCUAAAAUGGUGGACUUGAAAGAGAAACCCGUCUCCUUGAGCAAAGCGGCCGAGGGGCACGGGAAGAACUGUGUGCCCGUGAUCCAGAGGACAUUUGCGCACUCCAGCGGGGAGCAGAGCGGCAGCGACACAGACACAGACAGCGGGUACGGGGGAGAGCUGGAGAAAAGUGACUCCAAAUCCGAACAGCAGUAUUUUAAAAAGGAUACCGAUCUCAAAUACGCUGUCCAGGAGAGAAUAAGCUCUAUUAAGCAAGAGACUGAGGACCCACCGGCCAAAAGGAGCAGGCUGGAGACGCCUGAAGACGAAGGGCCUUUUGGCAGUGACAUGAUGGGCUCCCCAAACGGCUUCCUGGGCCCCCACGCUCACCAGCCCCCGUUGUGCCUGCCUUUUUAUUUGAUCCCGCCAUCCGCAACGGCCUAUCUGCCGAUGCUGGAGAAGUGCUGGUACCCAGCGUCCGUCCCCGUCCUGUACCCCAGCCUCCCGGCCUCCGCCGCAGCGCUCACGGGGUUCAUGAACCCCGACAAAAUCUCCCCCCCUCUGCUGAUGCCCCAGAGACUCCCUUCCCCGGUACCAGCCCAUUCCCCCAUCGACUCCUCGGCUCUGCUUCAAGCUUUGAAGCAGAUUCCUCCGUUGAACUUGGAAACCAAAGACUGAGCGCAGUGUGACCUUUCAUUUUUAUUUUAUUUUAUUUUUUUUUUUUUGUUUUUUGUUUUAAGUUUGAGACUGUUUCACUUUUGUACAUUGGCUGGACUGAGGUGUGGGGAUAAGGUUCACUGCGCAUAGGAAGCUAAAUCCCCUUUUCUCUGACUUGUCAGGUAGCUUGGAGAAGGAUGAAGGAUGCACCCAGCUUAGCUGUUCAGAACUACUUCCAAAAGGACAGAAAAAAAAAAAAAAAGGGUUUUAUGCUUUACCCCUUAAUUUCUUCCCUCUCCGCACCCGCAGAACAACAGCUGACUUUGUCAGCUGCGAUUACGUUUCAAAGCUGUGAAAAAAAUAAUUCCAUUUGGCAGAUCUAGGUUUUGGGGUCUGUGGCUAUCAAACCAUGGUACUUAUCGCAAGGGCUUUUAGCACAGCGGCCCCCGGGAGCCCGCGCCGGGCUGUGGCGGUGCCCCCGCGGCGCCACGCUGGAGGCACGCGGCGCGCACGGCGCUCGCUGCUGGUGUUAGGGCCCUGCACGUGCAGGAGGAGCAGUGCGGCGGUCACUGGUGGGUCGUGCACGGUCAGUGGUUCAGGUAGAUUUAAGACGGGUUUCUCUCCACACCUUUGCUUAUAUAUAUAUAUAUAUAUUUUUAAUAAAUAAAAGGUAGAUGCUGCUUGGAAGCUUUACAUGGCGUACAUCUAAUAAAUAAAUUAACACGCGCCCCUUCCUGUAACUCGAGCUGCUAGUUUGGGCCGGGCAGGGGAGAAAAUAUCCCAAGGAUCACUUUGCUCGCUGCACCUGACUCGGGGCCUCUCCCGCUGCUGUCCUGCCUCUGCGGCCGGCCUUUGGGGGCCGGGGGCGGCGGGGGCGCGGUGGGGCAGGUGGGGAGCGGGUGCAGGGGGAGCUCCGCUGGAUGCCGGCACGCUGCCCACCGGCCCUGCCCCGCCAGUGCCUUUGCGAAAGGCUUUUCAAAGGAGCCUAACCCGGCGGGGCCUGAGCAUCCACGUUCCUCAGCCUCCUUGGCAAACCCUGGCCCACAUUUCUGCAUUAAACAAAGAGGGUUAGGGCUGUGACACUCGUCCCAUUAAGUCCUAGAGCUGCAGGGGUCUUUCACCGCAGGCAAACAUCGUGUCCAACUUGGCUUUUUGUUAAAAAACAAACUUCAGAGCGCAGUGCUCUACUUUUUCUUUUUUCUUUUUCUUUUUUCCUUACUGGUUUUGAGAACUGGUAUCCGGAACAACUGUUGUAUGGAUCUUCAUUUCAUCCUCCCGUUGCACCAGCUGUUGAGAUGCACUAUGCUUGAUUGCAGGUUGUGUUCUAACGUUUAUUUUGUUGUUGUUUGUUUUUUUUUUUUUGGUAUACAGUUGUUGCCUUUAUUUGUAAAAUCCUGUUAUAAAUAUAUAUAUAUUAUAUAAAUAUAUUAAAAGGUAAAACGUUUCAGAUGUCUAUUAUUUGUAUAACUACUUGAGCAUAAAAGAAGUGAGAAAUAUGAAUGUAUUCUUGUUUCUGGGUUGUCUUUUUUUUUUUUGAAGAGAAGAGUUUUUUGUUUUUCUCUAGGGAGAGGUACAGUGUUUAUAUUUUGGAGCCUUCUUCAAGGUGGGAUAUUGUACAUAUUUUUAUCUCGAGUAAAUGUUAAGUAGUUGUUUAAAAAUACUUAAUAAAAUAAUUCUUUUCCUGUGGAA